CAAGCCUAUGCCUUUGUCUCUCUGUUCGAUAUGGCAAAAGUUUUAGUAGUAGGAUCAGCCAAUGGCAAAUUCACCGAGUUGUUCUCAAAAGCGAAGAACAUCAAUGCCAAACACGGUCCGUUUGACGUUCUCCUCUGCACUGGUAACUUUUUCGGCAAGGAAGAUACAAAUGGUGACCUCGAAAAACUGUUAAACAAUGAAAUUGAAGUUCCUGUCCAUACCUAUUUCAUUCAAGGCAGUAACUCAAUACCGGGGUUAGCACAAAGCAGGAUAGAAAAGAAUGAUGGGGAACUGUGCGAAAGUGUAUAUUUCCUUGGAAAGAGGGGACUGUUGAAAACGACACAGGCUCUGCGUAUUGCCUUCUUGUCUGGAUCCAUGGAUGUCAACCUUUAUGCAGGCGACACCGCAUCAGACGAACCUGCCGCAGAAUCCGAACCUGGACUUCAUUACACUAAAGCAGAUAUCACUGCAUUGAACUCCACGCCAGUGGCUAAAAACAUGACCGCUGGUGUUGACAUCUUGUUGACUUAUGAGUGGCCGCAGGACGUACACGCAAUGAGCAACCAAUCAGUAGAUCCCAAAAUCGAGUCGAUGUCUCAGCCUGUUGCAGAAGUAGCAGCCACUCUCGCACCUCGAUAUCACUUUGCAGCGGCAGAGGACGUGUUUUGUGAGAGGGAACCUUACAAAAACGUUCCUGGAUUUGCACCAGUGGGAACUCGUCCAGCACAACAUGUAACAAGAUUCAUUGGUCUAGCGGAUGUUGGUAAUACUAACAAAGCAAGAUGGUUUUAUGCUUUCAACAUAGUUCCAAUGACAGAUGCUCCCAUGAGCGUGUUAUUGGCCGAGCCAGCCGACACUACCGAAUUUCCAUUUGUUUCCCUCAUGGCUGGUGGUGUAAAGAGAUCUCUUGAUAAUGGUGCCGGUGGUUUUUCUUGGGGUGAUGAAGGUCGUGACCCUAAAAGACAAGCACUUGGAGAAGGACCGCCACCAGGCUACGUCUGUAAGAAAUGCAAUGUUCCAGGUCACUAUGUCAAAGACUGCCCGCAGGCAAGAGAUGGCACUGGAUCACUACCGGAAGGCUAUGUAUGCCGAAUAUGCAAUGAACCUGGCCACCACAUUAAACAAUGCCCUCAAGCUGGACAAAAUAAAGACGGCGCUAAGAAAUCUGGCCCACCAGAUAGUUAUAUCUGCAGAAUCUGCUCUGAGCCCGGUCACUGGAUUCAAGACUGUCCUUUGAAGGAGCAACGUGAUCGCGAACGAGAUGCGAAUCGCCAAGAAAUUGCAAACAGAGGAACGGAUGCUUGCUGGUUCUGUUUGGCCAACCCCAAGGUGACAAAGCAUCUUAUCACAUCUAUUGGAAACGAAGUGUAUGCAACAUUAGCAAAGGGCCCACUGGUCACCUCAGCACAAAACAACAUGCCAGGUGGUGGGCAUAUUCUUUUAAUCCCUAUCACUCAUUAUGAAACCAUCCAGAGCAUUCCAAUGGAGUCACAGGUGGAUGUUGUUUCUGAACUGGAGCAAUUCAAGAGUGCGUUUCGUCGUAUGUUUGACAAGUACGGACUAGACUUGGUGGUAACAGAAAUAUCUCGCCACUCCAGUCGAAAUGCUCUCUCGCACGCCAACAUACAAAUCAUGCCUAUACCCAAAGGAAAGGUAGACGACCUAAAAUCUAUCAUAGAGAAAGAGGCUGAAAAACUAGGCAUCCAAUUUCAGUCGCGUCUUCCCACGGACCCAACUGCUCACUACUUUAAAAUGGACUUACCUGAUGGAACAUCACUCGUCCAUCCUAUUCAACGAGGAGAAAGAUUCAAUCUUCAGUUGGGAAGACAAGUACUUGCUAAACUUUUAGAAAUCCCUGAACGCGUGGAUUGGAAGGCAUGUACCCAGACCGAAGACGAGGAGAAGAAAGGGGCCGAAGACUUCAAGACCGCUUUCCGGGAAUUCGAUUUCACUCUGUAAACGCUUCUUUCACCUACAGAUAAUAUUGUAACCAUGUUUCAUUGAGAAAUCCUUUUAAAUACAUUUACGUUACAUUAAUUUAGAUGAUUUUGCCGCCAGUA